AACCCUGAGGACUAGGGGCCUGAUGAGUGUUUGUCCUGGAAAAGAAGGGAGUCAUCUUUCCCUCCAGUGUUUGGCUUCACCUUUCCAAGGGGCAUGCAGCGGUUCCUCCUUGUGAUGCUGGGGGUCCAGCUGCAGGGGUUUGGCGGCUCCUCUUCCUCCUCCUCCUCUUCCUCCCGGCCUUUUUGGGAAGCAUCUCUGCUCAGCUGUGAGGACACCGGCCUCCAUUUCCUCCUGACCCCAGAGCCCAAAGUGGUCUCGUCCAAAUCCACAGUGAGAUUGCUGGAUCCCAGAGGUGAUCCACACCUCCUGAAGAAUGACUCCACCUGCGGGACGUGGGUCGCUCCCAAUCCGGACGGGUCCAUGGUGGUGAAAGCGGCUGUGGGCGGCUGUUACGUCAAAGCCCAGGGCGGGAGCUACCGGACGACCGUCCAGAUCGAAGGCCCCGGAGCUGAUGGACGGAAGACAUCCUAUAAAGAGGAGCUGAGGUGCCCAGAACCCCUUCUCGCCCUGGACAAACCCGGCCCCAGCCUGUGUUCGGGGGUCCGGGCAGCCGACAAGCUGCUUUGCGGGUCUGGGACCGUCCCACAGGCGGAGUGCGAGGCGCUCGGAUGUUGCUACAGCCCCCGGGACCGCUUGGCCCCCUGCUACUAUGCGCACAAAGUGACCGCCCACUGCACCCCGGAUGGCCGCUUUUCCGUCGCCAUCUCCCGGAACGCGACCUUCCCACCCCUGCGCUUGGAUUCGGUGCACCUCGUGAGCAGCCAGGGACAGGCGGGUUGCCUCCCCAUUUCCAGGACCCCCAUGUUCACCUUGUUCCAGUUCCCUCUCUCGGCCUGUGGGACGACCUUCAAGGAAAUGGGAAGCCAACGUGUGUACGAGAACGAGCUACUGGCCGACAGGGAGGUCAUGAUCUCUCAGUCUGGAUCCAUCACUCGCGACAGUGAAUUUAGGCUGACGGUCCGCUGCAGCUACUCGGCGGAGGACUCUCUGCCCCUUGGUGUCCAGGUGGCCGCGCUCCCUCCUCCGGCGGCCAUCGCCCAACGAGGACCCCUUACCCUGGAGAUGAGGAUCGCUCAAGAUGAGACAUACACCUCCUAUUUUGCCGACGCCGACUACCCUGUGGUGAAAGUCCUCCGGGAGCCCGUCCACCUUGAGGUCCGUCUGCUCGGGAGGGAGGAUCCGGCCCUGGUUUUGCUCCUUCACGACUGCUGGGCCACCCCGAGCGCCAACCCCCUGCAGAAACCAGACUGGUCCCUUCUGGAGGCCGGGUGCCCGUACAGAGGAGACAACUACCAAACCCGUCGAGUGCCAGUCGGGGCGGACGUGGGCCUGCCAUUUCCUUCCCACUAUCAGCGCUUUGUCGUGAGCACCUUCACGUUCGUGGAUGAUGCCUCCCGGAGGAUGCUCACCGGGCCGGUGUACUUCCACUGCAGCGCCUCGGCCUGUGUUCCUUCCGGGCAGGAAAGCUGUCACCUUCCCUGUGAUGCCACCGCCCAGUGGAGAAGCCGAAGAUCAGCGGAGGGCUCCUCUCAGCCGGAGGAAUGGUGGACGCUCGUCACCUCCCGGGGGCCGGUGGCCUUCUUUCACCACGCUGCGGAGGGGUUGAUUCCCUCAGGGUCCGGGAUGCUCCAGGAAGGCCGGAUGCAGUGGGACGACGCCUUGUCGCUGGUUGCCGGCGUGGUUGCCCUGCUGGCCGUGGCGACAAUGGCCUCAGUGGUUCUUCAGAGGCGUUGGGGGAGAGGCGGCCCGGGAGAGGGACGGGCCCUUUCCUCCGCAUAAGGAAAUAAAACGAUGGCCAUCCCAG